GCGGCGCCAUUUUGCGAACGGCGAGCAGCGGCGGCGGCGCGGAGAAGCGCAGCGGAGGUUUUGCUGGUUUCGGACCCCAGCGGCCGGAUGGUGAAAUCCUCCCUGCAGCGGAUCCUCAACAGCCACUGCUUCGCCAGAGAGAAGGAAGGGGAUAAACCCAGCGCCACCGUCCACGCCACCCGCACCAUGCCGCUCCUUAGCCUGCACAGCCGCGGAGGCCGCAGCAGCGAGAGUUCCAGGGUCUCCAUCAACUGCUGUAGUAACCUGGGUCCAGGGCCUCGGUGGUGCUCCGAUGUCCCUCACCCACCCCUGAAGAUCCCAGGUGGGCGAGGGAAUAGUCAGAGGGAUCACAAUCUUUCAGCUAAUUUAUUUUACUCUGAUAAUCGGCUGAAUGUAACAGAGGAACUAACGUCUAAUAACAAGACGAGGAUUUUUAAUGUCCAGUCCAGGCUCACAGAGGCCAAACAUAUUAACUGGAGAGCGGUGCUGAGCAACAGCUGCCUCUACAUCGAGAUCCCGGGCGGCGCUCUGCCCGAGGGGAGCAAGGACAGCUUCGCAGUUCUUCUUGAGUUUGCUGAAGAGCAGCUCCAUGUUGACCACGUCUUCAUUUGCUUCCACAAGAACCGCGAUGAUCGAGCCGCCUUGCUCCGUACCUUCAGCUUUUUGGGCUUUGAGAUUGUGAGACCGGGGCAUCCCCUUGUCCCCAAGAGACCCGACGCUUGCUUCAUGGCCUACACGUUUGAGAGAGAGUCCUCUGGUGAGGAGUAGUGCGCGGCCCUGGGGCCGCUCGGGCCUCCAUUGCGGUCCCAUCUGUGUGCUUCGCGCCGUGCCUGCUGCGGGUGGUGUGAUCAACUGCGCUGACCAGCGUCAGCCUGCUCACCUGCUGGUUUGUCCGCAUGUUGUAAUUGUGCAAAUAAACGCUCACUCCAAAUUA